GGAGGAGGGAGCGGGCGGCUGGAGCGCGGAGUCUCUUCCGGGUCGCGCUCCCGGAAGCAGGAAGUUAUCGGCCCAUCCUCCUCGCCCCCGCGGUUGGUGUCCCCGAGGCGGGAGGAGCCCGAGGGGGCGCGGGCCUGCAUCUCAAUGAAUCAGAGUUGCAGCAUUAGCACUGCCUAACUGGCAAAGUGUUGAGAAAGUCCUGGCUCCUGGGUCAUGUCACGUACAGGACACACUUGUCCCGCUGGAGGAGUUAACGCUCUAUUAAACAGUGCAAAGGGAUUUUGUAUUUGAAGACAUGGAUCUAGCUGCUCAUGAGCUCAGCAUCUAUGACAAGCUUGCAGAGACCGUGGACUUGGUGAGACAGACAGGCCACCAAUGUGGAAUGUCAGAGAAGGCGAUCGAGAAAUUUAUCAGACAGCUGCUGGAGAAGAACGAGCCACAAAGGAGGCCGCCCCAGUAUCCUCUCCUCCUGGCCGUGUAUAAGGUCUUCCUAACUCUGGGAUUAGUCUUGCUCACUGCCUACUUUGUGAUUCAACCUUUCAGCCCACUGGCACCUGAGCCGGUGCUUUCUGGAGCUCAGACAUGGCGCUCCCUCAUCCAUCACAUUCGACUGAUGUCCUUGCCUAUCACCAAGAAGUACAUGCCAGAGAGUAAGGGUGCACCUCUGCAAGGGGGAGAUGAAGACAGACGCUUUCCAGACUUUGACCCCUGGCGCACAAAUGACUAUGAGCAGAAUGAGUCGGAGCCCAUCCCUGCCAACUGCACAGGCUGUGCCCAGAAGUUGCCCCUCAUGGUAACACUGCCAGAGGAUACCCCAAAGAAUUUUGAAAGACUCCGUCCUUUGGUGAUCAAGUCAGGACAGCCUCUGCCACAUGAAGAGAUCCAGCGGUUUUUGUGCCGGUAUCCUGAGGUGACAGACGGCUUCACUGAAGGGUUUUUCAACAAGUGGUGGCGUUGCUUUCCUGAGAGGUGGUUCCCCUUUCCUUACCCGUGGAGGAGACCUCUGAACAGAUCACAGAUUUUACGAGAGCUAUUUCCUGUUUUCACCCACCUUCCAUUUCCAAAAGAUGCCUCCUUAAACAAAUGCUUCCUUCUUCACCCGGAACCUGUUGUGGGUAGCAAGAUGCAUAAGGUGCGUGACUUGUUCACCGUCGGCAGUGGUGAAGCCAUGCUGCAGCUCAUCCCUCCCUUCCAGUGCCGGAGACACUGUCAGUCUGUGGCCAUGCCCAUAGAGCCUGGGGACAUUGGCUAUGCGGAAUCCACCCACUGGAAGGUCUACAUCGUGCCCAGAGGCGUCCAGCCACUGGUCAUCUGCGAUGGCACCACCCUGUCAGAACUAUAGGAAACAGAGCUGUGUGGGGGAACUGCUUGGAGAGCUGAAAACCAGGUUGAAGGGGAGGCUCACGGUGAAUAAAAAACACACAAACAACGCA